AUGGACGGGAGCGAUGACGAUGAGUUCAAUGGCUUCGAGGAAGGCGAAGAGGAGGAGGAGGAUUUCGACUUUGGGGAUGGAGAUGGCGAUGACGACAACGAUGAUGAACCCCUCCCAUCGCUAUCCAUGGCAGACGAUGAUGCCAUUAGCAGUAAAGGAAGCAUGAGGGCCUAUAAAAUAAUUGCCUUUGAGGACAUUAUCUCGAGCCAGCAGACCAAGGCUGAGAAGAUACACGAAGUGCUCGGCAUCGCCAACUCAUUUGCACGCAUCCUGUUGGUGCACUACGGCUGGGACGAGGAAAGGUUGCUGAGCGACUUCUUCGAGCGCGGCAUCGACUACGUGUACAAGAGCGCGGGCGUGGUGGCCCCGAAGGAGAACGAAGACGAAGAGGCCGGUGCCGACAAGGCCCCAAGCGACGCUGGGGACGACGACCUCAACCCUAGCGCUAAGUGUCGCAAGAAGGAGGUCGCCUGCGAAAGCUGCAUGGACGACGUGCUCGAGGACAAUACGACCAAGCUCGCUUGUGGUCACAGGUUCUGCAACGACUGCUACCAGACCUAUGUAGCGAUGAAGAUCAACGAGGGACAAGCCAACGCCAUCACCUGCAUGGCCUACAAAUGCAACACAAAGCUCGACGAAACGUUGAUCCCCAAGCUGGUCGACGACCCACUAGUUUUGAAGAAGUACCACAAAACCUUGGCCGAGUCCUAUGUAAAUGAUAAUCCCCUGGUCAAGUGGUGCACAUCCACACCGCACUGUGGCAACGCCGUCGAGGUGUUGUGGGGCAAGCAGGUUGAGGUGCAGUGCUGCUGUCACCAUCGGUUUUGCUUCAACUGCCUGAAGGACCCGCACAGCCCGGUGCCGUGCAAGAUGGUGAACCAGUGGAUGGAAAAGUGCGAGGGCGAGGGAGAGACAUUCAAGUACAUAUCGGCCAACACCAAGGACUGUCCCAAGUGUGGCUCGCCAGUGGAGAAGAACGGAGGCUGCAACCUAAUGACUUGUCGUUGCGGCACCUUCUUUUGCUGGCUGUGCGGCGCGCAAACGGGUUCUGCGCACACGUGGGAGAAGAUCGCGGGCCACUCGUGCGGCAAGUACAAGGAGGAAAAGGAAAAGAACGCCGACGACGCCCGCGUGUCUCUGCAGCGAUACAUGCACUACUACGAACGGUACAAGGCGCACAACGACUCUUCGAUGCUGGAGGCGCAGAUGCGGGUGCAACUGCUCGACAAGGUGUCGGUGCUGCUUGAAAAGACCGGCACGUUCACCUCCUACGAGGAGAAGUGGCUGGCGCGCGCUCUGGACAUGCUCUUCGAGUGUCGCCGAGUACUGAAGUGGUCGUACGUGCUGGCCUACUUCAUCUUUGGGCCGGAGGGCAAGAAGAUGGUCGACCAGGAAGCCAACAAGGCGCACAAGAUGCUCUUUGAAGACCACCAAGAACAGCUGGAGAUCACCACCGAGAUCCUUUCCAAAAAGCUGGAGACUCCACCGCAAGAAAUGACUUCUGAUCUGCACCUGGACAUCAUGAAUAUCACGGUGCUGGCGGAGAGGCGGUGCAAGGGCCUCUUCGACAUCAUUCUGAGCGACAUCGUGGCCAAGGGAGCCUACGGCUUCGAUGUCUCCGGCUACUCCUUCUCCAUGGAACUCACGAUCCAGCAGCGGCUGGGCACGCCAAAAGAGGACGAAAGCGCACCAGACGACAAGGCCAAAGGCAAGGAAAAGGAGAAAGAGAAGGAGAAGGAAAGGGAGAAAGAAAUGGAGAACGCGGAAGUGAAGGCGGCGCCUGCAGUAGGGUUGAACAGCCCGGUGGCCAAGAUCGCACGCAAGCGCGACGACAACGCUCGCGAUCGACUGUGGGAAGCGCGACGAGCCCACCGGGGGCAGGCCGUCGCGGCAGUCCCUCAAGAAGUGGCGGUCGAGCCGAAGAAGGACAAGCGGAAGAAGAAGGAGACGAAGGAGGAAGAGGAGAUGUUGAAGAAGGCGAUGGAGCUUUCUGAAGAGGAGAUGAUGCGUAAGGCCAUCGAGGCCAGCGAGAAAGAGCAACUCGGGAUGGUAACUUACGAGACGUGGCUCGAUGGAGAGAUGGAUGUCUUCGUGGAGAAAGGGAAGAACGAGGAGGACGAAGAAGACGAAGAAGACAAGGACGACGACAAGACGACGACGACGACGAAGAUAAAGACGAAGACGAAGCGCGCCGCUGCCGCCAACAAGAAGCGAAAGCGAACGGAGACGAAGGGCCAAGGCGAGCAGCCGGACGCCGAACAGGAACUGCUGCGGCAAGCCAUCGCCGCCAGCAUCAACGAGUUCUAA